AUGAUUGCUGAUGUGGAUGCAUCUUCUCUUGAUCAUCAUCCAGAUCCACACCCUCAAAUACAUUCCAUUUUGGUUGAUUUUACACAUCCUCAACCAGUUAAUAAUGAUAUAAAUGAAAUACAAUCAACCCAAUCGACAAGAUUACGUAUAUGUAUUCGCAGUAAAGUUACGUGGACCAUAUUUGCUAUUGUUAUAGUAGCGAUCAUUACUAUUCCAACAGCUAUUAUUCUCACCAAAAAUAAAAACGAUGUUGAAACAAAUUCAACAUCAAUAAUGAUGAUAACAACAGAAAAAGAAUCAAUAACAUUGAUGUUAACAACAACAACUACAGAACCAUCAUCAACGAUAAUGACAGCAGAAGCAGGUCUUAUCUCACUUGAGAGUAUCAAUGGAAUUGUCUAUGGCGUAUAUAAUACAAAGAUAAAUCAGAAUAGUCAAGCAUCAAGAUCGGGCGACACAGUUGGUAACUAUCCUGCACGUGAGUCACCAGCCCAGACAUGCGACGGCAAUCCUCAGACGAAGUACUUAAGUUUUGGAAGGUGUUCGGGUGGUAAACAUGGAGUUGAAUGUGGUUCGGAUACUGGUUUUUACUUGGAGUUGAAGCGGGGUGCAUUAUUAGUUACAGGUUUACAAAUCUACACAGCCGAUGAUCCACCAGAACGCGAUCCAAUUACAGUGUCAUUGGAAGGAAGUAAUCAGUCUGUAUCGAAUCUCGCUUUCGGUUCAAGCUGGACUCUGAUUUACAACGGGGAUAGUGGUCUUAAAACAGAUCCUGAUAGAUACAACUGUGGAGUGGUACAACAGAUUAACAACUCAAAUCGGUAUAAAAGUUAUCGGUUUCUUGUUUCGAGCAAGCGUGGCUACGAGAACAGUGUUCAGUAUUCUGAAUUAAAGCUGUUUGGAUACUGA